UGUAUUUUCUCUUCCUCUCUCUUUAGGCAACUCUGGAUCCUCCAUCUGAUUCCCCUGUGCUUACCAGCCAUCACCAUAAGAUUGAGGAGCGACUAAUGGAGAUGCAGAAGACAGUUCAGGGGCUGAAAUGUUCAAUUGAGCACCACAGCGAACUGCAGGAUCAUUUUGAUUUUUGUUUUCGGACACAUAACCAUUUAGAAAAGACCAAUCCCGCUAUUGCACCUAUUCGGGCCAAAAAGAUUGAGAACUUACAAAGCAUGUUAAAUAAGUUGAACCACUUCCGCCAGGAGAUGAAGAGCCAAAUCCACGAACUUCUCGGACGCUCUGCUACUCUAAGAAGUUUCCUUCUGGAGGAGGUAUCAGAAUGGCAAAAUCGGCAGCGAUUAGCUUGCAUUGGAGAGAAAUGUGAUACCAGCUUAUGUCGUCUGGAAGAAUGGUUUACUAAGAACGCUGAGAUCCUCUUCUACUUGCUGCACCUAUUAAAGAUGCUGAAAGGGAUGUACGAAAAGUUGACUUACGAGACAGAUCCCCUCAAGGGCCAGUUGCCCCUUCUGUUCAAGGCGCUUCAGGAGCAAAUAAUCUGCCUCUUGAAAAGUGCUUUUGUGGUGGAGGUACAGCCUAAGAUGCAAGUUCCCAAUCAACGUCCACUGGUGCUUAGAACCAACCACAAGUUCUCCAUCCGGGCCAGACUACUGGUAAAACUGCUGGAUCGAAACAAGCCACUGGAAGUGAAGAUUGAAAUUGACAGGGAUGCUACUAAUUUGACCGGGUUCCGGAAGUUCAAUAUUUUGACAUCCAGCACCAAAACCUUGAUGAUGGACGAGCCCCAAAAGCAAGGACUCGUUUGUGAUUUUAAAUACAUUACAGUGAAAGAACAGAAAAUCUCUGGUGCAGGGAAAGGCAACAAAGGGAUUAGUGAGGGAUCAUUGUCUGUCACCGAAGAAUUGCACGUUAUCACUUUCACCCUGGACUACUGCUAUCAAGAUAUCAAGUGCGAGCUACAGACAUCCACCUUGCCAGUGGUGAUUGUUUCCAAUGCCAACCAAAUUGCCACCGCUUGGGCUUCCAUUUUAUGGUUUAUUAUGCUCAGCAGAGAUACUAAGGGCCAGGCGUGAACUCAGAGAGUACCAUCACAUGGGAUCGGUUUUCAAAGGAAUCGACUGCAAGCUCUCCAGAGAACAAUAAUUUCAGCUUCUGGACCUGGAUUGAUGGGAUCCUACUUCUGAUUCAAGAGCAUCUCCUUCAGCUCUGGAACAAGAAGCUCAUCAUGGGAUUUGUGAGCCGCAAAUAUGAAAAGCGUUUGCUGAAAAAGAAAAGAGCUGGCACCUUCCUGAUACGUUUUAGUGAGAGUACCUCCAGUGGCGGCAUCACCUUUACCUGGGUAGAUUUUAACAAUGAUGGUGUUCCCGAGUUCAAUUCAGUUGAGCCCUACACCAGGAAAGAGCUGGAGUUCCUUUCACUGCCUGAUAUCAUCCGACAUUACCAACUCCUGGCGACAGAGGUCAUUCCAGAGAAUCCACUCCUCUACCUGUAUCCUGACAUGCCAAGGGAUGAAGCUUUUGGUUCUUACUACAAAGAAUGCCAGAAAGUAAGCACAAUGGAACAAAGACAAUACCUGAACCGUCGCCUGAUCAGAGUCUCUACGCAACCAGCAGAGACUCAGACGCCAGAUGUGCCAGUAAAUGAACUACUCCCUAUAAGCAAUGAGUUGGUAGCUGAUGGACUGCAAAAUCCUGAGUAUAGAGAGGAUAACUUUCUGCUUAUCAAGGAAGAUCCUUUUCUUUUCCAGUCAAAUGAAGAGGAACAGGAACCUUCCUCCCUUUUUGAUAUGCCAAACUUGCAAGUGGAUGAUCCAGAUUUCCAAUCCCUGCUCACUGUUGACAAUAUAAGUAAUGACACUUCUGGAGAUGAAAUUGACGAUUUAAUGAAGCUUUAUGCUAAGGUAGAAGUAGGUCAGUGCCUGUAGGACACACACACAAUUCUCUACAUGUCCUUUGUUCCUCCCAUUCUUUCUUGCCUAUAAUAUACAAUCAAGGGCAUCGACAUAUCGGUAAAUAUACUCUGGUUUCUUUUAGCUUCUCUCCACAAAUCUUUGGACAAACAUUUCUCCCAUAAAUUGCCACUAUUUAACCAUUUAAGUUCUUUCUUUUCUUAACAGCUAUUUCUUUAAUCGUGCCUGGAUUGGGGCAAAACUAGGGAUGAAGGGUUGGACAACCUCUGGAAUUGUUGAGCCCUCCCUCCCUUCCUCCCUCGCACACGCACACCUUUAUAGAAUUCAGGAAAGAUGAAAUUCGUUGAUUUCCAAAAGGCUUUAAAAAAGCAAGUUUGGGGAAAGGAAAUAUAAUGUACUAGAAUCUAGAAAAGGAGUGGGGGGGGGGGAAAGACACCCAGAAAUAUAAAAACGAUGUGCUCUUUCAAUUAUUUGGGUAAGAUGGGGAACUUUUGAAUUAAUGGUUCAGCAUCCAUCUAAUUUAUUAGCAGGUGUGUUGGUUUUAAAAAAAAAUAUCACAGUUGCUGCUUGCUAGAAUUAAGAGUUACCAUGACAGAUAUCAAUGACUAAUAUUGAAUUUUCAUUUCUGUUUGGCUUGCCUCUCAGCUGUAAAUUUGUAAAUAAACAGUUGCUACAAAA